GUCACUACUACUAAUGAGUGCCCCCGCUUCCGCAAUCCAACAUCAGAUCCUCGCCAUCGCAAACAAUGUCGCCUACGAGCACGCUCUAUCAACGCGCUGGAGCACCUGGCAUUUCUGGAAGCAUUACCAUAAGAUCAGCCACACCAACGCAAUCGCCAAGGAUGACGAGACCCUCAGCACAGAAAUCCGGCAGCUAACAUCACCAUUCGGAUCCUGCGUUGACAUCGCAUUCCAAACGACGGCAGCCCUCCGUGCACACCUCGCCAGCGAGCCCUCUCUCCAGCCAUACGCAGCCCACGUGCAGACCCUCGCGCGACCACGAAGCACCACUUCCGCCGACCUAGUCCACUGUAUCACAGCGCUAUUCGAAGAACAUUUCUGCAUCGUCAUCGACUUCAGCUGCUCCUUCACGGCCAUGGCCAUCGCCCUCAACGACCACGUAGACUCGCUCCCCUAUCUGAGCAUGGACGGCAAGACCAUGCAAGACCGCCUGCAUUACUGCGAGCCAGCCCACAGCUCUCAAACCGCCCAGCGAACCCUCACCCGCCAGCGUCUCGGCGCGGACGCCCUGCCGACCCCGUUUACGGCCUUUGAUGACCGGCAUCUCAUCCGCAACAUCAGUUUCCGCAUUGCGGAGCUCGUGGAUGACGUGGGCGGCGUGGUGCUGCCGCGAGCGAAGGGCGUGAAGCUCCACGCGCAGUUGCCCUCCCGGCCAACAUGCAUCCCCUCGGUCCUGUGCAAGGGGACGUACUUCGCGACGACGUGUAGAGUCAAAGCCGACUUCGCACAACGCCAGGUCGUCAUGCAAGUGCCGUAUCAGGACUGGAUGCUGCAGCCCGCGAAUGCGAGUCUGCGCGAUAGAGUGAGCAAGGUCGGCAUACUGCAGCCGAUUAGCGAUGCUGUGUGUAGAUUGGUUCUUAAGCUCGAUGGGCCGCGGGAUCGAAGUCCCGUGAAGGAACGUGUGGGCGUGCUUGGCGAGGUUGCGGAGGCGUUUGGGUUGCCGAAUGAGGAUUUUGGGGAUAUGGUGGAUUCGGUGUAUGGGGUUUGGGCUGGUGCUAAUGUAGGUUGAUUUGUUCGUAUUUCUUCAAUAGACACUGUUUUUACGAAGAAAUGGAAGAGAAAGAGUUAGAAAAGAAGUAAAUAGAACGAGUGGAAAGGUAGAAAAUGGAAAGGAUACUUCUAUUCGACUCCCGCUUGU